AUGAACAAACUAAAUUCUCAAAUAUUAAAGAUUUUCUUCUGCCUGCUGCUAUGCACGUCUUCAAUACUGGAAGCAUUGGCUUCGCCAAUAGAGAGGCGUGAUGCUUCAAAUAGUCAGAAUCCAGAUAAUGGCAGUAAAAUUACGGUUCACACAACAAUUGUUGGGAUAAUUUUAAUUAUAGUCGGAAUAAUUUAUUGUUUCUAUGGCCGUAAACAUUAUCGAUUGACCAUGUUUUUGCUAGGAUAUUAUAUUGGCGCAUUAAUCACCUGGAUAAUUCUAACAAACUUCGAACCACAGCACUACAGAGCUGUCGUUUCAACAAUAAUCCUAAUAAUCUCUCUAGUUGUCGGACUCAUAGUUGGCCUUCUCACAAUGUGCUGUGCGGACUUAGCAAUCUGGGCAUUAGGCGGUCUUGGAGGCUACGCAUUCGCGCUCUUCCUCCUUGCAUUUGCUGACAACGGAAUAAUUCACUCACACGCCGUACGAGCAAUCUUUAUCGUGAUCUUCGUCGUAGCCGGCGUAAUCCUAAUGAUGUUCUUCAAGAACACGGUGAUCAUAUUGGCCACGGCAUUUAUCGGCGCGUAUAGUAUCAUGUUGGGAAUUGAUAUGUUUGCCAGAACGGGAUUCAAAGAAUCGGUGAGAUCGUUUAUGGAUGGACAACAUGAUGUCGUUUAUCAUGCGACUACGGAGGUUUAUUUGAUGCUGGCUGCGUUGUUUAUACUGUUUGUUCUUGGAACCAUUUAUCAGUGGAACUAUCAUCGUCAUGGACAUUUUGGAUAUCAUAAGAAUGAGUCUGCUGCACCCAGCACUACUGGCGACACUAAUAAUCGAUGGAAUGAGUGGCGGCGAAAGUUUGGACGAAGGAGUUAA